AUGACGCUGGUUUUGCAGCGAAUGUACGACCUGUACCGGGAGUACAUGGUGGAAAGGCGCGACAUGCGCAGUGCGCAUCUUCCGCUAGCCGGAAGUCCGUGGCCACUGUUCGCGCUGCUCGGUACCUACCUGCUUCUGGUGCUGAACGUUGGUCCACGCAUCAUGGCCCACCGGAAGCCGUUCGAUUUGCGUGGCGUCAUUCGCGUGUACAACGUGGUGCAAGUGCUCAUCAACAGUGUGCUGUUUGUGUGGAUCGUGACCAAGAUGUUUUUCGUGUACCGAGACUACAACUACUCGUGCCAGGUGUGCAACUACACCACGGACUACCGCGGACUGGAGGAGAUGUACCUGAGCUACAGCUACUUCCUGCUGAAGGUCGUCGACCUGGCGGACACCGUGUUCUUCGUGCUGCGCAAGAAGCAAUCCCACGUGUCAUUCCUGCACGUGUACCACCACACGAUCAUGGUGCUGGGGUCGUACUUUGGCAUGCUGUACGUGCCCGGCGGCCACGCGAUCAUGCUCGGGAUCUGGAACACGCUCGUGCACGCCGUCAUGUACUUCUACUACCUGCUGUCAUCGUACGGGUCGCAGUACAGCGCCUGGUGGAAGCAACACCUAACGCGCAUGCAGUUGCUGCAGUUCGUUCACCUCGCGUUCCACUUUGGCAUUCCGCUGUUCUUUAACCGCGAGUGCAAGUUUCCGCGCUUCUGGAUGGGGGUCGGCUUCCUGCAGGCCAUCGUCAUCCUCGGCCUGUUCGUGGACUUCUACAUUAAGUCGUACAUCGUGAAGAAGAAACGGCAGUAA